UUGAACAUCACCUAGGUUAGUAGGCUAUUGAGGACUUGAUGGUUAUCAAACUUCCUAAGAGUGACACUUCGUGAUUGGGGAUCGUAAUGGAGAUAUGCAUUUCUCAUGACAGUCAAACCUGCUAAAAAAAAGUAUCCCUCUCACAGAAAAAGGGGACACGUCAGUUGUCGUGAAGAAGCUUGAUUUCGCGCCAGAGGGAGGUAAUGCUAUGACUCACGUGUGCGUGCGUAAAAGUGGAUAAAUAGGCGAUUCACGCGCUGAGAAAUAAUUAAAAAAUUAAACAUUCUUGAGGGAAAAAAGGUCACUCGCACGCUGCUGAAUGGAAUUUUUCGUACUCUAUUGGUAUUCCGGUGUCGUUGGCUUUGGACUGUCUUGCGUCUCAGAACGUUGGGUGGAUAGAGAACUGUAAUUCCGUUGUUUGGUGAUAGUUUCUGGACACGACAACCUGUGCACCCGCAGAAGGUAAGGUAGCCUAUAGUCUCCUAGCGCGAGCGCUCUCACGUUUCCGAACAGCCUAUAUUGUAAUAUAGAUUUAUUUUUCCAUAAUACAACAGUGAGUUUUUGUUUUCCUUAAGAUAAUGCUGCACAGCGCCCAACAACUGCUAUAUUGUUGCCAUGUUCAUUCUUAUUGGGGUCGAAAAAAGGAUGGGAUUGGUUUAGAAAAGCAUAAAUAUUUUUGCAAACGACCUGUCGCUUGAAUGUUCAGAUUUCCUAAUCUCUCUCGUUCAAAGUUUGUUAUUAAGAAACAAUUAACAUGUUAUUAGCAAUAGUAGGCUAUUGUUAUUUAUAGCCUAUAUGAGUAGCAGGAUUCAUUCAUUAGCCUAACUAUUCCUUAUUAACAAUGACAUUGACUGAUGCUGGCUUCGCCGUGGUUAUUCAAAGAUCAUCAUAAUCAAAAAUCUAUAUGCAAUGUCAAUCCAUUAUCCAACGGAUUUCAGUAGGUUAAGUGUCUGUCCAAUCAAUUAUAUUUUUCUCUUACGAAACCAAUAAUUAUUUGGCAAAAUGUGUCAAAUAAUCAAAUUGUACAUCAUUAUGAUAGGGUUUUUCGUUUAGCAUAUUCCUCAUUAUGAAUAGGUCUGAUAAGGAUGAUUUGUUUGUGGAUUAGUCCUAGGCCUAUUUAUUUGCUUUAUAUUGAAGGCACGACAAUCCUUUGUUUUCGUGCUCUUUGAUCUAAUUAAGUAGACUGAACGGUCUGGUGCUCAUCGCUUAGCUCGAGCGCCCAAGACUGAUGGCUCUGAGAUGGGGAUGAUUUCGCUUUAACGACCCAUAAAAACUUCACUGGGGACUAGGCUUUAUGUCCAAUUUACUGCUCAAAACAGUUUUUUUUCGUUCGUUUAUAUAGGCUAAGGUUAGAAUAUCGUAGCUAUAAAUUUCUGUCAGAUUUGCUGUCAUUAUUUGGGUACAGUAUUGAAUGCAAGUGAUGUUAUCGUCCGAAAGCAUUUCUGCAUUUGACACAGGGACCCACGCGCCCGGGUUAUUGUGUGUGUGGCGCGAGACAAAUCUUCUCAAACCGAUCACCACUGAUUUAUCUCCCUUCGAUCGGCAAAUGCGAGCCUCGUUCGAGAAUAAAUGAUUCCGAUCAUAGAGGCAGAUAAUAACAAAUUAUGUAUCAUCCUCUUCGUUUAUGGUCACUGCACGGCUAACUAAAUCUCAAUUUCAUUGAUCAAAUUCAGCUAAAAUAUUUUAGGCUAUGUAAAUAGACUAGCUUUCGGACAUUAAUGCGGUUAUUUAUUUGUUUAAUAUUAGCCAUCAAUCUUAACACUGGGCCGUUUGUUUUCAGCAACCGGUUGGUUAUUUCCGUUGAGAAUCUGAUAAGAGUCCCGGAGCGCACGGGAAUAACAGAGGACUGAUGGCCACGUCUGAACCGACAGCCGCCGGCGGGGACCAGGACCCCAACUCCGCCAAUUUACGACCUUCAUCCACAAGUAGGUCUAUCUUUCUUCUCAUCCCUCUCCAUACCUUCCUCCCUCUUUGCCUGAUAAAAACGAGUCUCACUCUGGCUAUUUACCGUGUGGGCGCCGUCGUUAAUCAUUCCGGUUAAAAACAGAGCUAUCACAACUGCCUGCCUCUGUCUAACGGAUCAGCGGCGCGCACUGAGAAAAGGACCUCCUGUAAUCGCCUCAUAGAGCGUCAUUAUAAUGUCUUCAGCUCAGGGAAUCCGGAAGGGAUUCUUUUUGGAAUAAAAAACACAAUUAUUUGGAAUAAGCCUAUCGAAUUUCCUUAGGUUAUUCCUUUUUUUAUUGGGCCUAUGAAAUAAUGUUUAAAAUAUUAUAGAUUUUAAAAUAGGCCUAAUAACCUAAACGCUAAAUGUAGGCCAAUGCUUUUAUUUAUUGGCUAAGGAUAUAUUCUGAAUAUUAGCAUUUUAAUUCGUGAUUACAUUUUUUAUAAUUUCAAUCAUUUAUCCCCUCAAAAUCUUUCCAAUGUGUGGUCCUGCGUCACUGCAUGAGAGAGCCGUUACCAGCGCAAUUAAGCAGGGAAAUGGCUGGUAAUUGCAGGCACUCCGUUCCUCGUGAUGGCUUGCAUUCGUUUUGUAUGACAUUGGCAAAGUGUAUGCGGAGGAGGGAUGUCAAUGUACUAGAGACCUGCUUGGAUAAUUUUGCCAUCGAACACUGAAAGAAGAGGGCAUUUAGUAGGUAUUACUGAAAUUAGCAUUUUAGUCUACCAACUGACAGUUAUAUUUUCGUUAAGAAAAAGUCCCAAACUCUCUUCUUUGUAGACCUAGGCCUAGUCAUAUUUAUUUUGGAAAAUGUAAGCCUAGGCCUAAUUAAUCAGCCUAAAAUUUCUGUCAUUAAAGCUAUUGGCCUAAUAUGGAAAAUUGAUUUAAUUUGAUAGGCUAUUUGAAAAAGCCUGUGAUGUUGUUUGUACUCUGCCUGUUUCUCUGCUGCUACUGUUGGAUGUUGCCAUUAUCUUGCUGCCACGCUCUGUCUCGCUUACACUGACCUGAGGCGGCUCGUGAUGUCUGUGUGCGAGUGUUUCUUGGGCAGCGCUUGCCUUGCGCUCUGAGUGACACCUCUUGAAUCCUAGACAAAUAACACCACCAUAAAGCUCAUAUGCAUAUAGAUGUGCCAUGUUACCGUCCCAUUGCUUGGCUCUGUGUGCUUGUUUUUUUUGUGUGGCUAUGAUGCCAUUCUCCAUCUGUAUGUUCAUGCAAUACCAAAAUAAGGUAGACUAUAGGUAGUUUUCCCUAUACUGCAGUAGUUCUCCCUAUACUGCCUGGUGUGUGUGUGUGUGUGUGUGUGUGUGUGUGUGUGUGUGUGUGUGUGUGUGUUUGUGUCCAAACGGCCAGCCAGACAUCACCAUCUCGCGCCAGUCAAAUUACUGUGUUUCACCCAAUUAAUUUCUGCACUCCUUCGCAAGCUAAUUUCACGGGUGUUUAUUUAAAACCGCCCCUUUGCCGGGUGCGUGCCAGUCUGGGGCUCUAAUGGCCCAUUUUGAUUGGACUGUAUGGAUUCGGAACAAUUCGAAUGUUCAAGAAUAGGCUAAUAAUCCCGAGAUAGGGUGAAGUUGCACCCAGACACUGAUCUAAGGUCAGCGUUGCUUUGUUUCCUCCCAAUGGGGUUUGGGAAGGGGUGGCGUGAGCUGUAUAGGCUGCUGCUUCUUCUGCAUGUGAGUCUGCUUCAUGCUUCUUCACUCCGUUCUGCCAUGCACUGCCACCAUACGCUUUAUAAAAACGAAUCCGCUGUCACCCAAAUCACACUAUUCAUUAUUCCAGAAUCGGAUUUUCAAACGUUCUCCCCAAACAUUCUGUUUUAGACUAUGACGCGUGGAUGCAAGGAUGCACGCGGAAACUGGGGAUGAAGAUAUGUGGUAAGUUUUAGACCCAUGAACCAUCAACAACGACAAUUUAAUUUCGAUUCACUGCAAUAGCCUACGAGAAAGUUGUCAUUUGUCUUUGUAGGCCUAUGAAGCCUCAUAGGCCCAUCUCCAACCCAGCAUAAUGGAUGCUAUAAUAUGCUAAUAUUAGGGCAAGGCCGUCGCGGAUUGUCACUCCACAUUCUCAUCUCCUGAAGGUCAGUUGGCAAUUAGCUUUAGGCCAAGCACGGCGUGCCGGGGUUCCCGCCCCGACCCCGCGAGGCACCCCAUGUCCCUUCCUAUCCAUAUCUCUGCAGUUGGCAAAGGAUAGGAUACAGGCCUACACUACAGCAAGUAACAAUCUGCCUCAGAAAUGUAGAAAAUGCCUAAACAUCGAGUAUUUGGCGAGAUAGAGCUGUCCAAUAGGUUUUUAAUGCUGAAUUAGCUGCUAACAUGGUUUGUGCAUAAGCUAGGCCUAUAAUAUGCACGUUCUAAUGCCAGUUUUAAUUCAUUUUAUCAUAAAGGCCUUAUUACAGUUUUUCUUUUAAGUUUUUUUAAAACAUUAAUUUCCUCACAUUUCCGGUUUGGAGGUGGGGUGGAUUUGGGUCCCUUCAUGCAAAACUGUUUUUUAAAAAUAUACCUUAUAAAAUUAGAUGUGAUGACGUCGAUGAGAUGAUGUGGGAGGGCGUGGGUUUGGUAAAUCUGGGAGGUUCCAUAAGGCCUCUGUUAUGUUAUCUAAUCCAGCUAAACCGAGGUGAAAUGAUUGAAUCCAGUAUUUUUCCAACAGGAUUCUUAGAGGACCUUUUUUUUCCUGGGCCCUGUUUUUAAUAAUUUUUCGAUUACAUCGAGGAUUGGUUUGAUGUCAUCACAUAUUGAGAAAAAUAUCCUUGCUUUAAGAAAUCCUUCCUACCUUUAUUGAUUUCAGUCCAACAUAUUUUGGUGGCACGGUUUUGAUAAUGUCAAGUUAACUUUUAAUUGCAAAAGGAUGCAUUGUCCUACCAUGGCUUGAAUCCAAAAACAAAGAAGAGGAUGUAAUUAGCCUAAGAAAAAUCGGUUUUAGCUCGAGAGUUACGAUGCAGUACUAUAAUUCUUACCGAGGGCCCACAUAAUUAGGGAACCUGCCCCGUAAUGAGGACGCCCCCUGCCGGAGAAAAUGAACACAAUUUAACCUUCCUCAUAACCCUGCAAAUAACCUUAAUAACGAAAUAAUUUCCCGCAAUGUACGAGGAAACAUGUUUAUUCGAUAAACUGACUGAUUCAUUUUAUAGAGGACAUUUGCUUAGGCCCUGUGAGAGUAAUUUUCACAUUUCUGUUCAUUAUGCCCCAGGCCCAAUACUUUACCAUCGUUUCUAUAAUAUCCCCUUUGGGCUGAUAAUAAAUCGCUUUGUGCUCGGGGUUAAAAUCAUUUUUUGUGAGGAGGAGAAAACGGAAGAAUCACUCUGUGACAACAGUCAUCAUAAAAUUGUGCUGAGUGUUAGAUGUUGGCCUAUGUCAGUGUGGAUUUACAGGCUAUAAUAGUCAUCAGCUCCUUUCAGUAAAGAGACGCGUCCUGUGGAUGAGAGAGGAGAUUAACGAGAACCAACCAGCAGUUUGUCGUGGCCACUGCUCUGUGUGCCAAUGUGCCAUCCGAGAUUAGGGGAAUACAUUUAAAUGAAAGGAUUUCUGAAGCUCUGAAGAAGAGAAAGGGUUCCGUUUGAGAGAGCCUUGUCUGUCUUAUUCGAUAUUGCAUUUUAACAUCCGAUUUUGAUAGAAGAAUGUACUUAAAACUGUAUGAUGUGAAAAUAAAUGUUUAAAUCCUUCCAUAAUGACCUUUGCUGAUGGCAGUCUGCUAUAGUUUUUUCUGUAUUUGUUUUUUCUCUAAGAUCAAUGGGCUAUUAAUAUACACGGACUUUAGUAAAAAAAAUAGACUAGCCUAUCCAGAGCCCGUUAAAUAACUCCCAUCCAUCAUUAACCCCACUCUGAUUCAAAGGGGUUGCGUUAAAUGCGGAAGACACAUUUCGGUUGAAUCCAUUCAGUUGUUCAACUUACUAGGUAUCCCCUUACGCUUCCCUUUCCCUUCCAUAAUGUCUCGUCGACACACAAAACAAUUAUUUUGGCUGCCCUUAAGAUUUGCUCUAUCAUAUUUUAUUAACAUUACACAAUCAAUUCAUGUUUUAUGGCGGAAUGUAAUUGUCUCUUGUAGAAUUUACUGACUUUACUCGGUGGAACUUUAUGUGCACCAGAUUCAUUCAUGUAGAAAUUAAUUUUGUUUGGUCAAAGAGUUUGUCUUUUUAGGGGGCAGAGCUCAUUACAUUAAUCCUCAGCAUGCUUUGCAACUUUACAUUUGUACAUUUACGUUUUGGUAAUUUAGCAAACGCUUUUAUCGAGAGCGACUUCAGUCAGUGCAUUCAACUAAGGUAAAUAAACAGCCACAUGUUAAAGCCACAUGUUAAAAGUUUAUGUAACAGUAACUGAGAAUGUCAUUGUAGUUAAACUGGUCUGUAGGUUCAUUCAAUUUACAGGCUGCAGGCUCAGGAACUGGCAAAGAACCUCAUGGAUGAGUAAGAAGCAGAUGGGAGCACAAAGCUCCCUACUGAACUCUUCACUGUACCAUUGUUAAUUGGAAAUUAAACUUUAGAAUGUAGAGUCUUUUUUUCUCCAUUUAGUAGUUAUGACAAAUGCAACUCAAAGACCUAGAACUGACACAAUUGAUUCAGUUGGGAGGUACUUGUUCAAUCUGACAUAAUAAUUUCUAAUGAUAAUUUCUCAAUUCGAUAGUGUUUCAAUAACACAAUUAAAUUAAGUAGAUAUGUAUUAAUAAUUUCGUAAAAAAAUAACCUGUUUCCAUUAGGUGUAACUACUGUCCAAAAUAACCUGUUUCCAUUAAGUGUAACUUCUGUCCAAAAUAACAUGUUUCCAUUAGAUGUAACUACUUUCCAAAAGGUUGUGUUUCCAUUAGUUGUAACUACUGUCCAAAAUAACCUGUUUCAACUGUCCAAAAUAACCUGUUUCCAUUAGGUGUAACUACUGUCCUAAAUAACCUGUUUCCAUGAGGUGUAAUUACUGUCCAAAAUAAUCUGUUUACAUUAGAUGUAACAAUUGUCCAAAAUAACCUGUUUCCAUUAUGUGUAACUACUGUCCAAAAUAACCUGUUUCCAUUAGGUGUAACUACUGUUCAAAAUAACAUGUUUCCAUUAGGUGUAUCUACUGUCCAAAAUAACCUGUUUCCAUUAGAUGUAACUACUGUCCAAAGGAACCUGUUUCCAUUAGGUGUAACUACUGUCCUAAAGAACCUGUUUCCAUUAGGUGUAACUACUGCCCAAAACAACCUGCUUCCAUUAGGUGUGACUACUGUCCAAAAUAACCUGUUUCCAUUAGGUGUAACACUUGUCCAAAACAACCUGUUUCCAUUAGGUGUAAAUACUGUCCAUAAGAACCUGUUUCCAUUAUGGUGUACCUACUGUCCAAAAGAACAUGUUUCCAUUAGGUGUAACUACUGUCCUAAAGAACCUGAUCCAUUAGGUCUAACUACCAUCCAAAAUAAUGUGUUUCCAUUAGGUGUAACUACUGUCCAAAAGAACGUGUUUCCAUUAGGUGUAACUACUGUCCAAAAUAACCUGUUUCCAUUAGGUGUAACUACUGUCCAAAACAACCUGCUUCCAUUAGGUGUGACUACUGUCCAAAAUAACCUGUUUCCAUUAGGUGUAUCUACUGUCCAAAAUAACCUGUUUCCAUUAGGUGUAAGUACUGUUCAAAUAAUAAUAAUAAUAAUAUGCCAUUUAGCAGAUGCUUUUAUCCAAAGCGACUUACAGUCAUGUGCGCAUACAUUUUUACGUAUGGGUGGUCCCGGGGAUCGAACCCACUACCGUGGCGUUACAAGCGCCAUGCUCUACCAAUUGAGCUACAGAGCUACAGAGGACCACAAAAGCACCUGUUUCCAUUAGGUGUAUCUACUGUCCAAAAUAACCUGUUUCCAUUAGGUGUAACUACUGCCCAAAACAACCUGCUUCCAUUAGGUGUGACUACUGUCCAAAAUAACCUGUUUCCAUUAGGUGUAACACUUGUCCAAAACAACCUGUUUCCAUUAGGUGUAAAUACUGUCCAUAAGAACCUGUUUUCAUUAUGGUGUACCUACUGUCCAAAAGAACAUGUUUCCAUUAGGUGUAACUACUGUCCUAAAGAACCUGUUUCCAUUAGGUGUAACUACCGUCCAAAAUAAUGUGUUUCCAUUAGGUGUAACUACUGUCCAAAAGAACGUGUUUCCAUUAGGUGUAACUACUGUCCAAAAUAACCUGUUUCCAUUAGGUGUAACUACUGUCCAAAACAACCUGCUUCCAUUAGGUGUGACACUGUCCAAAAAUAACCUGUUUCCAUUAGGUGUAGCUACUGUCCAAAUAACCUGUUUCCAUUAGUGUACUGUUUCCAAAAUAAUGUUUCCAUUCGGUGUAACUACUUUCCAAAGGUUGUGUGUCCAUAGUUUUAUAAUACUGUCCCAAAUAACCUCCUGCUUACAAGCGCCUGUUCCAUUGAGCUAAGACUACGACCAAAAACCUGUUUCCAUUAGUGUAACUACUGUCCAAAAUAACUGUUUCAUUAGAUGUAAUUGUCAAAAUAACCUGUUUCCAUUAUCUGUAACUACUGUUCAACUAACCUGUUUCCAUGAGGUGUACUACUGUCCAAAAUAACAUGUUUCCAUUAGGUAGUAUCAAAUACUGUCCAAAAUAACCUGUUUCCAUUAGGUGUAACUACUGCUCAAAUAACCUGUUUCCAUUAUAUGUAACUACUGUUCAAAAGCACCUGUACCAUGAGGUGUAUCUACUGUCCAAAAUAACCUGUUUCCAUUAGGUGUAACUACUGUCCAAAAUAACCUGUUUCCAUUAGGUGUAACUACUGUCAAAAGAACAUGUUUCCAUUAGGUGUAACUACUGUCCAAAAUAACUGUUUCCAUUAGGUGUAACUACUGUCCAAAAUAACCUGUUUCAUUAGUUGUAACUAACUGUCCAAAAAACCUGUUUCAUUAGGUGUACUACUGUCCAAAAUAACCUGUUUCCAUUAGGUGUAACUACUGUCCAAAAACCUGUUUCCAUUAGGUGUACUACUGUCCAAAAUAACCUGUUUCCAUUAGGUGUAACUACUGUCCAAAAUAACCUGUUUCCAUUAGGUGUAACUACUGUCCAAAAUAACCUGUUUCCAUUAGGUGUAACUACUGUCCAAAACAACCUGUUUCCAUUAGGUGUAACUAUUGUCCAAAAUAACUGUUUCCAUUAGGUGAAACUACUGUCAAAAGCACUGUUUCCAUUAGAGUAACUACUGUCCAAAAUAACCUGUUUCCAUUAGGUGUAACUACUGUCCAAAAUACCUGUUUCCAUAGGUGUAACUACGUCCAAAUACAUCUGUUCCAUUAGGUGUACUACCGUCCAAAAAACUCUGUUUCCAUUAGUGUAACUACUGUCAAAUACACGUUUCCAUUAGUGUAAACUACUGUCCAAAUAACCGUGUUUCCAUUGGGUAACUACUGUCCAAAGAACCUUGUUCCAUUAGGUUAACUACUGUCCAAAAACCUGCUUCCAUUAGGUGUACUACUGUCCAAAAUAACUGUUUCCAUUAGGUGUAACUACUGUCCAUAAGAACCUGUUUCCAUUAGGUGUACCUACUGUCAAAAUAAACUGUUUCCAUUAGUGUGUAACACUGUCCAAAAGCACCUUUCCAUUAGGUGUACUACUGUCCAAAAUAACCUGUUUCCAUUAGGUGUAACUACUGUCCAAAUAACCUGUUUCCAUUAGGUGUAACUACUGUCCAAAAUACCUGUUUCCAUUAUAUGUACUACUGUUCAAAAGACUGUUACCAUUAGGUGUAUCUACUGUCCAAAUAACCUGUUCCAUUUGGUGUAACUACUGUCCCAACAUACAUUUUUCCAUUAGGUGUAACUACUGUCCAAAAGAACUGUUUCCAUUAGGUGUAACUACUGUCAAAUAACCUGUUUCCAUUAGGUGUAACUACGUCCAAAUAACCUGUUUCAUUAGGUGUACUACUGUCCAAAUAACUGUUUCCAUUAGGUGUAUCUACUGUCCAAAAUAACCUGUUUCCAUUAGUGUAACUACUGUUCAAAGCCCUGUCCAUUAGGUGUAUCUACUGUCCAAAUAACCUGUUCCAUUAGUGUAACUACUGUCCAAAAACCUGUUUCCAUUAGGUGUAACUACUGUCCAAAGAACUGUUUCCAUUAGGUGACUACGUCCAAAACUGUCCAUUAGGUGGAUACUGUCCAAAUAACUGUUUCCAUUAGGUGUAAUACUGUCCAAAACCUUUCCAUUAUGGUGUACUACUGUCCAAAAACGUGUUUCCAUAGGUGAACUACUGUCCAAAUAACCUGUUCCAUUAGGGUAACUACGUCCAAAAAUGUUCCAUUAGGUGUAACUACGUCCAAAAAACGUUUCCAUUAGGUGUACUACUGUCCAAAUAACUGUUCCAUUAGGUGUAACUACUGUCAAAAAAUGUUUCAUUAUCUUAACUUUCAAAGCACUUACAUAGGUGUAUCUACUGUCCAAAAUACCUGUUCCAAGUGUCUACUGUCCAAACAACCUGUUCCAUUAGGUGUAACUAGUCAAAAUAACUGUUCCAUAGGGUAACUACUGCCAAAAAACUGUUUCCAUUAGGUGUAAUUACUGUCCAAAAUAACUGUUUCCUAGGUGUAACACGUCCAAAAAACCUGUUUCCAUAGGUUAAUACUGUCCAAAACCUGUUUCCUUAGGUUAACUACUGUCCAAAUAACUGUUUCCAUUAGGUGUAACUACUGUCCAAAACCUGUUUCCAUAGGUGUAACUACGUCCAAAAUAACUGUUUCAUUAGUGAAACUACUGUCAAGCACUGUCCUUAGGUUAUCUAUGUCCAAAAUAACCUGUUUCCAUUAGGUGUAACUACUGUCCAAAAACCUUUCCAUGAGGUUAACUACCGUCCAAAAUAAUCUGUUCCAUUAGUGUCUACGUCCAAAAUACUGUUUCCCUUAGGUGUAAUGCUGUCAAAGAACUGUUUCCAUUAGGUGUAACUACUGUCCAAAAUAACGGUUUCCAUAGUGUAAUACUGUCCUAAGACCGUUUCCAUUAGGUGUAACUCGCCAAAAACUGUUCCAUUAGGUGUACUACUGUCCAAUAACCUGUUUCCAUUAGGUGUAUACUGUCCAAAAAGUGUUUCCAUUAGGUUACUACUGUCAAAUAACGUGUUUCCAUUAGUGUAACUACUGUCCAAAAAACGUGUUCCAUUAGUGUAUACGUCCAAAAUAGGUGUAACUAUAUGGUCCCCCCCCUACCCCCCCUCCGCAUGGCUUCGUUAUGGGUUGAUGUCACUGUGAAGGGUAGGGCAGGGCACCCAUGCAAGCACACACACACAAACACACACUCACAUACAAAGACACGCACACACACACAGGCCACCCUCAUUCAUAAAUUGAUCCAUAACCCACCCACUAUAUGGGGAUUACCACCUGGGUUUAUAAGCGCUGUCUGGGAGAGGACACCACAAAGACCUGUGUUGCAUUUGUAACUGAUAACAAGGCUAGAUAAAACUCCGGUCUCUGAAUAAAAGUUAUUAUCAAGUUAUUUAUCUAGCUAUGUUGAGCAGUGGUAACCAAGCGUGUUCCCCCUCUCAUGCCCCUCCGUGUAACACCCUAGGGUUCCUGCAGAAGAAUAACAGUCUAGGGGAGGAAGGCCGGCUCGCAGGCUCGCUUUCAGAACGCCAGAAGAACCUUUUCUCCUGUGUUAACAGCGACCGGGAUGCGCGCUUCCGCCGCACUGAGACCGAUUUCUCCAACAUGUUCGCAAGAGGUGAGAGAACAAGUUUAUUCUUACCAGACUUUUAAUAUAGGCCUACAUUUUUAAUCUUUCAUUUUUUAAUGCUAUUUUGUUAUAGCCUUUACAGGCCCCCUUCUGUGAAAGGGCAUCCAGCCUCAACAUACAUUUAUUUUCGUUUUGUAAAUGCUUUUCCCCUAAUUCUUCUAGACUUACUUCCCACCAAAAAUGGAGAAGAGGCGACUAUGCAGUUCUUGUUAGAACUUGUGGACAUCCUCACCAACUACGUCAGGAAGACGUUUGACCGUUCCACCAAGGUUCUGGACUUCCACCACCCUCACCAGCUGCUGGAAGGCAUGGAGGGCUUCAACCUCGAGCUCUCUGACCAGCCAGAGUCCCUUGAGCAGAUCCUUGUGGACUGCAGAGACACGCUCAAGUACGGCGUGCGAACAGGUACAUACAACAUAGACCACUAAACUGGCCACAACAUAAUUACGUGAAAUAUGUUACAAGUUUUAGACCAGAUUUUUGCUUUUCAUGCUUUUAGGGCAGUUUUUGUGUGCAUUACUUUUCCAUUCUUUGUAUUUCUUAUAAAAGCAGUUAUCUCUCACCAAGCCAGGCAGACUAAACGCUUUUCAUUGGAAAAACCCUUAGCCUAUAAAGCUAAUUAAGAUAGGCUGUUGUUUCUCUCCUUCGUUAAUUGGAAAUUACAUGAGAAACAAAGACGGUUCAUUCUGCUCUGUAGGCUCCAUUCCAAUCCAAAACAACCAAGAUUGCUAUAGGCUAAAAUGUUUUGGUUAUAUGAAACUCAACCAACCUAUAUAGUAGGACUAUAGCCUAUAAUAUUUUCAUAUUGUUUAGGCUAUCUGGAAGUGUUUAAUGCACCAUUUUAUUUAUUCAAUAUGAACAUAUCGCAUGUCAUGUUUUUCACAUUAAUUAAUGCAUUGGGCUACAAUAUGUUUUAUCUUUGUCACAGUCAUCUGCUCUUGUUCACACCACAUGAGCAAAAUGGAAUUCUACACAAAACCAUUUAAUAAGCUGUUCCCUCGAUAGGCUACAACCAAUCACAAUGACGGGUUAUUAUCCCCCUGGUAAUUCUGUUGACAACCUCUUCUCCUUCUCUCAUCUUAUUAAACCAAGUACCGCCCGCAGGGAUGCAAGCCUGCGUGUGCUUGUACAAGCUGUUAGGAACGACAACAGUCAAAGUGUCCCUUGGGUUUCCUUCCUAAAGACCUUUAGCUUAAUUCAUUGAUCAUUUACACACACAAAGUGACGACAGUUAAGACAAAAAAAACCUGUGUCAUUUAGCCUACCGCAGUUGAUUCUCACGCCUUCAUUCCACUUACUCUUUCCACGGUGCUGGAAUAUGCCAAUAGAGUGGGAGCAAAUCUGCUUCGCCCUUUCAUAUCUCCGAUAUUACGCUCUUCAGCCAGUCAGUCAGUCCGUCCGUCUAGGGGUCAACAUGACAUAAAUACAACAGUAGUAGCUUAGUGAAGAUGAUUGUUGUUGGUGAAUUUCUUUCAAACAUCAAAUUCAAGCUUUAUGAGCAUCUUUUUUAUGUGAACUCAGACAAAGUGGUUGUCAUGUAACCUUGUUACCAAUGUAGUUCCUCUGCACCUCCAAGGCUCGGGUCCCAAUAGGAAUACAGAAAAUAGUGAAUGUGUUUUUUGUUUUGUUUUAACUUAGUGGUUUGUUUUCAUAGCAGGAAAGAACCACACACUGUUUCAGCCCCCAGGGUAAAGAAAACACUGUGUGCUUUUAUAAGGUUAUAAAAACCUUCCAGGCAAAUAUUCCACUAUGUUCUUUUGUUUCUUUAUUAACCUUUAUUUAAUUCAGGAAUUCCCAUUGAGAUAUAAUCUCUUAUCUCUGUUACUCUCUGUGUCCCAGGUCAUCCACGGUUCUUCAACCAGCUCUCCACUGGGCUGGACAUCAUUGGGCUGGCUGGGGAGUGGCUCACCUCUACAGCCAACACAAACAUGUGAGACAUACACUGCUGUUUUUGUGUGUGUGUGUGUGUGUGUGUGUGUGUGUGUGUGUGUGUGUGUGUGUGUGUGUGUGUGUGUGUGUGUGUGUGUGUGUGCGUGUGUGCGUGUGCGUGCGGGUGUGUGUGUGUGUGUGUGUGUGUGUGUGUGUGUGUGUGUGUGUGUGUGUGUGCAUGCGAUGUGGACAUCACUGUGCUGGCUAGCCAACGUUUUCAGUAUUGUUGUUUUGUGCAGCGAUGCAAUUUAACUGGGAAUGUGACGUUUGCAUGAUAGUUUGCAGGAAAGCCCCAGUGGGUUGUGAUUGACAUUUAAAGGAUUUCCGCCAUGUAGCAAAAAUAUAUUGGUUAGGUCAGAGGUCUUUAAAAUGGCGUUCAAAUGGGACCGUUAUAUACAAUUUUGGUUUUGACCUGACUGCUGUUGGCACUGUACCAACCAUGUAUCGAACAGUAGGCCUGAAUACUGUAAAUCUCAGAUAACACACACACACACACACACGCCCCAUGGGCUGGUUAUUGCACAUUGAUCAGAUCUCAGUUCUACAUGGUGGCCCACUCUGAUAGAGGGCAUGAAGCCCUGCAGAGCUAAACAACACAGGAUACAGGACACACAAUACAGGACUGGACUACAAGAGAGAACGCAACGACAACACAUAUGUAGAGAAGAGAAACAAGUUAAUAAUAUAAUAGUAAUGCAGGAUCAUGAAAGACCAAAUAAAUAAUAACGAGAAAUGACUACAACAUUACAAGAGAGAGCAAGCAGGGCAAUGCCAGAGCUGCAAGAGAGACAUACACAUACAUGACUGCAAGAGCGAUCACAGACAAUACAAGAUUAGGAUUUUGAGAGACCAGACAUGUUCAUUAAUGGUAAUAAAACAAGAAGAAGAAUUCAAGAUCAGAGUGAUAGUAACAGAACAAGAUUAAAAAGAAGAGACGCUUCACUUCUUUCUUAACAUUAGCUUAGGCAAUCACCCUGCUAGGAAAACUCCAUCUCAUCUCCCGGUUGGAACCUUGGAACCAUGCCGAGAGAGAGAGAGAGAGAGAGAGAACUGGGACACUAAAUUGUGAUGCACACUGCACACACACACACCCACACAUACACACACCAGUUCAGCCUGGCCCAGAUUCAGGAGAUAGUGUUAAUGCCCCAUUGACUGCAGGCUCAUUGUGAACUGGUCUUAGCAGAUAGCCCAGCUGGGCCCCACACACAAUGGCCGCCCGGGGGACUGAAAACCCUGUCACACUCAGCGACUGACUGCCCCGGCUCCCUGUGGAGGACUCAUUCUGGCUCUAUUGUCCCUGUAGAUAAAGACUGAUUUUUCCCUUGCACUUGCACACACAAACACACGCACACACACACUCACACACACAUGCACACGACUGACACAAUGGUGCUCAGAGUCACUUAGGGGGUCUGGGUUGGGGAGAGUGCCCUUAAUGAUAAUAUGAGGGCAUUUAGGGGCUGUCCCAUGGGACAGGCAGGUGACUGAAGGGUAAUUUUCACCAUGAAAAGACCAAUGAUUGGCUGUGAUUGUGAUAAUGAUCGCCAUUAUAGAUGUUAUUGCCAGAGACAAGGAAAAAUGAAAAUCCUUUGUUCUCAGCCGAAAUCAGCAGAUCUGUCUUCCUUAUAUAAGAUAAUGCUCUGCUUGUACGUAAGGCAAAUAGGAUGUUUUAACAGUGACAUUUUGUAACAUGGUUACAACAUUUAGUCUGUGCUUUUCUGGGUCAUUGAGCCCGUUAGUAUAUAUAUAUAUAUAUAUAUAUAUAUAUAUAUAUAUACACAGUGCAUUCAGAAAGUAUUCAGACCUAUGGUAGAUUCAAUUGAUUGGACAUGAAAGCCACACACCUGUCUAUAUAAGGUCCCACAGUUGACAGUGCAUGUCAAAGCAAAAACCAAGCCAUGAGGUCGAAGGAAUUGUACGUAGAGCUCCGAGACAGGAUUGUGUUGAGGCACAGGUACCAAAAAAUUUCUGCAGCAUUGAAGGUCCCCAAGAACACAGUGGCCUCCAUCAUUCUUAAAUGGAAGAAGUUUGGAACCACCAAGACUCUUCCUAGAGCUGGCCACCCAGCCAAACUGAGCAAUUGGGGGAGAAGGGCCUUGGACAGGGAGGCGACCAAGAACCUGAUGGUCACUCUGACAGAGCUCCAGAGUUCCUCUGUGGCGAUGGGAGAACCUUCCAGAAGGACAACCAUCUCUACAGCACUCCACAAAAUCAAAUCAAAUGUUAUUUGUUACAUGCGCCGAAUAUAACAGGUGUAGACCUUACCGUGAAAUGCUUACUUACAAGCCCUUAACCAACAAUGCAGUUCAAGAAAUAGAGUUAAGAAAAUAUUUACUAAAUAAACUAAAGUAAAAAAUAAGUAACACAAUAAAAUAACAAUAACGAGGCUAUAUACAGGGGGUACCGGUACAGAGUCAAUGUGCGGGGGUACAGGUUAGUCUAGUUAAUUUGUACAUGCAUAGAUAAUAAGCAGCGGGGGGACGGGGGACGGGGGGGGGGGGGUUGUUGUCAAUGUAAAUAGUCCGGGAUUGUUCAGCAGUCUUAUGACUUGGGGGUAGAAGCUGUUAAGGAGCCUUUUGGACCUAGACUUGGCGCUCCGGUUCCGCUUAUCUUACGGUAGCAGAGAGAACAGUCUAUGACUUGGGUGACUGGAGUCUUUUACAAUUCUUUGGGCUUUCGUCUGACACCGCCUAGGUCCUAGAUGGCAGGAAGCUUGGCCCGAGUGAUGUACGCAUUACCCUCUGUAGUGCCUUACGGUCGAAUGCCGAGCAGUUGCCAUACCAGGCGGGGAUGCAACCGGUCAGGAUGCUCUCGAUAGUGCAAUUGUAUAACUUUUUGAGGAUCUGGGGACCCAUGCCAAAUCUUUUCAGUCUCCUGAGGGGGAAAAGGCGUUGUCGUGCCCUCUUCACAACUGUCUUGGUGUGUUUGGACCAUGAUAGUUUGUUGGUGAUGUGGACACCAAGGAACUUGAAACUCUCGACCCGCUCCACUACAGCCCCUUCAAUGUGAAUGGGGGCAUGUUCGGCCCUCCUUUUCCUGUAGUCCACGAUCAGCUCCUUUGUCUUGCUCAUGUUGAGGGAGAGGUUGUUGUCCUGGCACCACACUGCCAGGUCUCUAACCUCCUCCCUAUAGGCUGUCUCAUCGUUGUCGGUGAUCAGGCCUACCACUGUUGUGUCGUCAGCAAACUUAAUGAUGAUGUUGGAGUCGUGCUUGUCCACGCAGUCGUGGGUGAACAGGGAGUACAGGAGGGGACUAAGCACGCAGCCCUGAGGGGCCCCCGUGUUGAGGAUCAGCGUGGCAGAUGUGUUGUUGCCUACCCUUACCACAUGGGGGCGGCCCAUCAGGAAGUCCAGGAUCCAGUUGCAGAGAGAGGUGUUUAGUCCCAGGGUCCUUAGCUUGGUGAUGAGCUUUGUGGGCACUAGCAUUCUCACAUAGGUCUUCCUUUUGUCCAGGUGGGAAAGGGCAAUGUGGAGUGCGAUUGAGAUUGCAUCAUCUGUGGAUAUGUUGAGACAGAAUGCAAAUUGGAGUGGGUCUAGGGUUUCCGGGAUGAUGGUGUUGAUGUGAGCCAUGACCAGCCUUUCAAAGCACUUAAUGGCUACCGACAUGAGUGCUACGGGGCGGUAGUCAUCUAGGCAGGUUACCUUCACUUUCUUGGGCGCAGGGACUAUGGUGGUCUGCUUGAAACAUGUAGGUAUUACAGACUCGGUCAGGGAGAGGUUCAAAAUGUCAGUGAAGACACUUGCCAGUAGGUCCGCGCAUGCUCUGAGUACUAGUCCUAAAAUAAAUAGUCCUGGUAAUCCGUCUGGCACCGCGGCCUUGUGAAUGUUGACCUGUUUAAAGGUCUUGCUCACAUCGGCUACGGAGAGCGUGAUCAUACAGUCGUCCGGAACAGCUGGUGCUCUCAUGCAUGCUUCAGUGUUGCUUGCCUCGAAGCAAGCAUAAAACGCAUUUAGCCUGUCUGGUAGGAUUGUGUCACUGGGCAGCUCGCGGCUGGGUUUCCCUUUGUAGUCCGUAAUAGUUUGCAAGCCCUGCCACAUCCGACAAGCAUCAGAGCCGGUGUAGUAGGAUUCAAUCUUCGUCCUGUAUUGACGCUUUGCAUGUUUGAUGGUUCGUCUGAGUGCAUAGCGGGAUUUCUUAUAAGCGUCCGGAAUUGUGUCCCACUCCUUGAAAGCGGCAGCUCUAGCCUUUAGCUCGGUGCGGAUGUUGCCUGUAAUCCAUGGCUUCUGGUUGGGAUAUGUAUGUACGGUCACUGUGGGGACGACGUCGUCGAUGCACUUAUUAAUGAAGCCGGUGACUGAGGUGGUAUACUCCUCAAUGCCAUUGGAUGAAUCCCGGCACAUAUUCCAGUCUGUGCUAAACAAAACAGUCCUGUAGCGUAGCAUCCGCGUCAUCUGACCACUUCCGUAUUGAGCGAGUCACUGGUACUAACUACUUCAGUUUUUGCUUGUAAGCAGGAAUCAGGAGGAUAUAAUUAUGGUCAGAUUUGCCAAAUGGAGGGCGAGGGAGAGCUUUGUAUGCGUCUCUGUGUGUGGAGUAAAGGUGGUCUAGAGUUUUUUUCCCCUCUGGUUGCACAUGUGACAUGCUGGUAGAAAUGCCUGCAUUCAAAGUCCACGGCCACUAGAAGCGCCUCUUCUGGAUGAGCAUUUUCUUGCUUAUCGCCUUAUACAGCUCGUUGAGUGCGGUCUUAGUGCCAUCAUAAGUUUGUGGUGGUAAAUAGAUUGCUACUAAAAAUAUAGAUCUUGGUAGAUAGUGUGGUCUACAGCUCAUCAUGAGGUACUCUACCUCACACCCCCACCCCUCGUCUUACCGGACGUAGCUGUUCUGUCCUGCCGAUGCACGGAAAAUAAUCUUUGUCCAGUUCGAGGUGAGUAAUCGCUGUUCUGAUAUCCAGAAGCUCUUUUCAGUCAUAAGAGAUGGUAGCAGCAGCAUUAUGUACAAAAUAAGUUGGUUUGGAGCCCGUAAAACAGCAGUCAUCCCCUCCGGCACCAUGAUUGAAAAUAAGGCCUUUAUGGUAGAGUGGCCAGACGGAAGCCACUCCUCAGUAAAAGGCACAUGACAGCCCGCUUGGAGUUUGCCAAAGGCACCUAAAGGACUCUCACACCAUGAAAAACAAGAUUCUCUGGUCUGAUGAAACCAAGAUUGAACUCUUUGGCCUGAAUGCCAAGCGUCACAUCUGGAGGAAACCUGGCACCAUCCCUACGGUGAAGCAUGGUGGUGGCAGCAUCAUUGCUUUGUCAUUAUGGGUUAUUGUGUGAAAGGGAAAAAAACAAUUUUAUAAAUUUUAGAGUAAGGCUGUAACGUAAUCAAAUGUGGAAAAAGUCAAGGGGGCUGAAUACUUUCCGAAUGCACUGUAUAUUAUAUAUGUAGUAUAUAUUUUAAAAAAUUAGACUGUAACCACCAACCAUAGGAGGACUCAGGAGCCCGCUCUCAUUGAGUGUAGACAGCCUGCUGCUGCCGCUCUGCUAAACAUCAGAUGGGUGGAGGAAAGGAGGUAGGGGGCCCACGUGGGUAACUGGGUGGCCCUGCCUUGAUUGGGUAACUGAUUAAUAAAACAUUUUAAAUAAACUGCAUAAUAGAUAAAUGUGACUGGUCAAUUGUGUGAGUCAGCGGCUGGGCCCGUAGGGGGCCCUAAAGGUCCAAAACAUUUAAAUAAUAAAUAAUGUUAUAUUUAACGUUAUAAUUUUUUAUCCAACCACUGGAGCCCGCUCUCAAUGUACAAAAUACACAAGAGUGCAUAAUUGUCACGAUCGUUGAGAGACAGGUCAGACCAAGGUGCAGCGUGCGAUGUGAUCAUGUUUAUUAAAUAAUAAACACAACAACAACAACAACAACAACAACAACAACAACAACAAACCAACGUAACGUGAAGUCCAAGGCUAUACACAAUACAAGCCAAACACAGGAACAAGAUCCCACAACUAUAGUAGGCAACUGGGCUACCUAAGUAUGAUCCCCAAUCAGAGACAACGAGCGACAGCUGUAUCACAUAGAUUUCCACACCCUGACUCAACAUACAAGAGUUCCAUACGUCAGGGCGCGACAAUAAUUUAACCACAGAGUAUCAAUAGUUUAUAAAAAAGAACUGUGGGUUAAUUUUUAUCACAAGCACAUACAGGUAUCUGCCAAAAUAAAGGAAACACCAACAUAAAGUGUCUUAAAAGGGUGCUGCGCCACCACCAGCUGCCAGAACAGCUUCAAUGCGCCUUGGCAUAGAUUCUACAAGUGGGCCUAAGCCAUGCCAGGAAAAGGCACCCCACACCAUCACGUAUACUUUGUAUCCCUCGUUUACUCAAGUGUUUACUUUAUUUUGGCAGUUACAGGUAUGCCUACAGUCGAGAAGACUGCAGUUUGUUGCAUUGUGGCCAUAGACAUACACUAUAUAUACAAAAGUAUGUGGACACCCCUUCAAAUUAGUGGAUUCGGCUAUUUCAGCCACACCCGUUGCUGACAUGUGUAUAAAAUCGAGCACACAGCCAUGCAAUCUCAAUAGACAAAUAUUGGCAGUAGAAUGGCCUUACUGAAGACAUCAGUGACUUUCAACGUGGCACCGUCAUAGGAUGCCACCUUUCCAACAAGUCAGUGUGUAAAAUGUCUGCCCUGCUAGAGCUGCCCCAGUCAAGUGCUGUUAUUGUGAAGUGGAAACGUCUAGGAGCAACAACGGCUCAGCCCGAAGUGGUAAGCCACACAAGCUCACAGAACGGGAACAUCGAGUGCUGAAGCGCGUAAAAAUCAUCUGUCCUUGGUUGCAACACUCACCCUUGAAUGAGUAGGUGUGUCCAAACUUUUGACUGGUACUGUAUAAUAUUGUACAAUCUGUGUGUCGCUUCAUUGGCCUGGGCUAUUCUUUGUUUGAAUUGAAGACCAGAUUGAUCUCAGUUAGUCAGUCAGAGUUGCCAAUCAUUUUUUAAAAACAAAGCACCGGGGCCUAUGAUUUCUUAAUCCGGCCUUAUGUGUGUGUGUGUGUGUGUGUGUGUCUGUCUGUCUGGCGUGUAAUUAGGGCCCAUCAGUCAUAAUCUGUGCUGGCGUAUUGACUGGCACCUAAUGUUCUAAUCAAACUCUCCCCAGGAUGGCUGCUACAGCCCGAAUAAAUGCACAUGAAUUAUAGUGCUGCUGCCGAGGAUUAUCUCUCUCAUUCUCUUUCUCUCCCGCUCUAUUCUCUCUCUCUCGUUCUCAUUUCCUCUCCCUUUCCUUUCCUUUUCUCUCCCUCCUUCCUCCUUCUUCCUCUCUUCCCCCUACUAUCCUCUUUGCCACAAAUGUCUUCCACUCCUCUCUCGGUCAUGUCUUAUUCCCCUUCCUCCCCUCCUAUGUGUGUCUGUCAGUGCUGCUCCCCUGUCCCCAGUUGAGAGGAGGGGAGGGCUGUGAAGGGUAGAAGGGGGGUUGUGUGUGUGUUGUGUAACUGGCCUUGUUAGACAGUAGUGCUGCUUUUCCAAUGAGAUUUACCCCCAAAACCAGUGGGCUGCUAAUGUUCUUGUGUUUCAAUCAGGAGUGUGACACUAAAAACAAGCAAGCAGAAUCAACAGCCUCUGCAUCAUUCAAGACUUUUGAUUUUGUGAGAAGGUGUUAAAGUUCACAGUUAGUCAUUGUUAUGUAAAUGCAAGCUGAAGAGUACCCAGGGCCUUGCCUUGGCUCCAAGUUAGUCCGCCGGAGCCAUGGCAGAGUGAGACACGGGUGCCGGCCCGCGUAAGUGGAAACAGAAAAGUUGGAGCCUUUUGGGUAAAACACUGGGGUAAAUCAUCAUUGGAAAUGCGCCAUAGGUGGAGGGGGAGGGGUGAGAGAGGCGAGGGAAGGAAGGGGAAGGAUGUGGGGAGGUCAGGCAUCAGUGGGACAUAGCCUUAGGGCCACAAAAUUCACACAACCCACACCCAAAUACACAACCUAACCCAGAGUUGCUUACAAAUGUCAUAGAUCAUUUCAGUCUACCAGAGAUCUUUCCCUCUCUUUCAAAUCCCUUUAAAGUAGAAUUUAAUUCAGUGCAUUUCAAAUAAAUUCCACGCAGUCAUAGAACAUGAGAGUUUCAUUGAAUCUGAAAGGUUACACUUCCAGAUACCAAAGAAUAUAUCACUUUCCUCUGGAAACAGUGUUCAUAUACCUUUAAACCUUGGUGCAUAGAAUAGCCAAUUAUAUUUCCACCAACCAUUUCAUUUGUUUGGCUUCUUUUUGAAGGCCUCGGGGUCAACUUGAGGGAUAAACUAAUGCAUUCUGGGAAAUUAAGUAUUUUUCCCCAUAUUGAAAAAAAUGUAAGUGAUUAAUGAAAUGUAAUAACUUAGAAUAUUCGCAUCACAUGAGGUUGGUGGCACCUUAAUUGGGGAGGACGGACUCAUGGUUAUGGCUGGAGUGGAAUUGGUGGAAUGGUAUCAAAUACAUGGUUUCCAUGUGUUUGAUGCCAUUCCAUUAGCUCCGUUCCAGCCGUUAUUAUGAGCCAUCCUCCCCUCAGCAGCCUCCACUGAUUCGCAUACAGGUUUUGUUUUCCUUGAUCAUUAAUUUAAAGAUUAAUUUCAAUUGUUUCAACAAUAUUUUAUAUGCUUGUAUAUAACAUCAUGUUUGAUGUUUUAUGUACAAGAUGUACACUACCAGUCAAAAGAGUGUGCAAAGCUGUCAUCGAGGCAAAGGGUGGCUAGUUGAAGAAUCUCAAAUGUUAAAUAUAUUUUGAUUUGUUUAACACUUUUUUGGUUACUACAUGAUUCCAUAUGUGUUAUUUCAUAGUUUUGAUGUCUUCACUAUUAUUCUACAAUGUAGAAAAUAGUCAAAAUAAAGAAAAACCCUUGAAUGAGUAGGUGUGUCCAAACUCUUGACUGGUACUGUAUAUUUUUUUAUAGACUACAGCUAAUAUAGAAGAGGCAUUUGAAUUUCAUUGAGUUUCACUGAAUUCAAUUCUAUUUCAAUUAAUUCAAAUUCAAAUUUGUGAUUCUGUAUCCUGUUUACUACUUCAAUUCAAAUGUAAUUCAAAUUCAAGAAUUGAAUUGGAAUUUAUGAGGCAUUCUCAAUUCAAUUCUGAGCCAAACCCUGAUCUCAACAUUCAAUAGAGAUCGAAACAAAAGCCUCUCUGUUGUCAUCUCCGUCUCCUCUCUCCCUCUGUCUCUAUGUCUUUGGUUCCGCAUCUGUGCUCCCUCUCUCUCUCCUUCACUCUCUCCUUCAUUCUCUCUUUCUCUCUCUCCACUCUGAAGCAGGAAAUAGAUUUGGGGCUAAAGCCUUCUUAUCGCUCCCCAACACAAGUCCCCCCCCCCCCCCCCUCCCCAUCCCCCCCGUUGAGAUUGACAGAAUUGACAGAUAACCAUCAGAGCUUUGUGUGCUUUAAUUAAACGCUGACUGAUACUUUAAAGGGAUUUGAAUAUGAAUGUCUGCUCUCUGUCUCAUAUCAGGCGGAUUUUAAUUAGUUCAACUCUGUCAGCAAAAUUUGCUUGUGUGCACAUAUGUGUGUGUGUGUGGGUGUGAGGCUAAUUUAAUGGAACGUUGAGUCCAUAGGGUUGUCUUGCAGUUCAAGCAGUAGCUCUGAGUUCUCAGCUCCGUUUAGCCAUGCAAAAAUAACAUCCUUGAAUAUGUUUAACUUUUGUUCACCUGAAGUAAAGUCUUAGCUGGUACGUAGGAAAAGGGUCAAAGGUCUAUGUGACCUAAAUAUUUUAAGCGAAAUGUUGCAAUAGUCAAUAAAUGUUGUUUUGAGUGAACUGAUGUAUGAAUUGAUUGAUUUAUAUAUUCAUAUAUUGAUCGGCAGGUUCACCUAUGAGAUCGCUCCAGUGUUUGUCCUGAUGGAGCAGCUGACGCUGAAGAAGAUGAGAGAGAUGAUUGGCUGGCCCUCAGGAGAGGGGGACGGCAUAUUCUCACCAGGUACUGUAUGUAGAAGAUAGUGUGUGUGUGUGUGUGUGUGUGUGUGCAGGCCUAUGUGAGUAUGUUAUAUGUUACUACUGUUUGAUACCUUUACAAUAUACAAGUGAUAACAUACAACAUGACUGAAUACAUUUUAUUGUCCUCUCAUGUGGAAAUGUAUCAUUGUAUAGUGCAAAAAUGAGGUGGUCAUAUCUGUCUGUAUUGGACUAGCUGCUGUCCAGGGUCCUGUACUGACCAGUCAUUCUCUCUCUGUCCACAGGGGGCGCCAUCUCUAACAUGUACAGUGUGAUGAUCGCUCGCUACAAGUACUUCCCCGAGGUCAAGACCAAGGGCAUGUCUGCCGCUCCCCGCCUGGUGCUCUUCACAUCAGAACAUGUACGUCACACGCACACGCACUCACACACGCACACGCACACUCACACGCAAAAACACACUCUGAAGAAAUCCUCAAUAAUGUCGGUUUUAAAUUGUUUAUGUUCCUGUAUUUUCCUGUGAUCCCACAGAGCCACUACUCUAUCAAGAAGGCAGGGGCAGCUCUGGGCUUUGGCUCAGAGAACGUGGUCCUGCUGAGCACAGAUGAGAGGUACACUACAGCUACUCACAAACACACACGUCCCACAUACUUUAGAUUUACCCCCAUGGAGUACAUCAGGACGCAACUGACCCACUGUAGAUAUUCAUUAAGAUAGAUCAGCUGAUUCUCUGUUCCUGUUCUUUCUCAGGGGGAGAGUUAUUCCUGCUGAUCUAGAAGCUAAGAUCCUCAAUGUCAAGCAGAAGGUGAUUCUCUCGCUCUCCUUCCCUCUCUCUCUCUCUCUCUCUCUCUCUCUCUCUCUCUCUCUCUCUCUCUCUCUUUCUCCCUCUCUGUCUCUCCCUCUGUCGUUUCCUCUGUCUCUCUUUUUCUAUCACUUUUUGUCUCUCUGUCUCUCUCGCUCUCUCUCUCUCUGUCUCUACGUUUCUUACAUAAAGGAUUUUGUCACUUUGUGACUCCUGUGAUAUUGUGUUCCUCCAGGGUUAUCAUCCACUGUUUGUGAACGCUACAGCUGGUUCCACUGUUUACGGAGCAUUUGACCCCAUCAACGAGAUCGCUGACAUCUGCGAGAAAUACAACAUGUGGUUGCACGUAGACGUGAGUACAGUGUGUGUGAGUGUGUGUUUGGGGACAAUAUUGUUUUUUCCUAUUGUUCUAAUGGUGCGUGUGUUCUUUCUCCAGGGUGCAUGGGGAGGUGGUCUCCUGAUGUCCAGGAAGCAUCGCCAUAAGUUCAGCGGGGUUGAGAGGUACUGACACACAAACACACACACACACACACACACUCCUUAAUUCACACAACAAACACACACUAACGGCUGCUGUUCCUCUUUUAGGGCUAACUCUGUCACGUGGAACCCUCACAAGAUGAUGGGAGUGCCUCUACAGUGCUCCGCCAUCCUGGUCAGAGAGAAGGUGAGGACAAACACACACACGCAUACACACGUACACACAUACACACUCUCUCUAUAUAUAACCCUGUUCGUUCUCUCUGUAGGGUAUUCUGGCUGGCUGUAACUCGAUGUGUGCAGGGUACCUGUUCCAGCCUGAUAAACAGUAUGAUGUCAGCUAUGACACGGGUGACAAAGCCAUCCAGUGUGGGCGCCACGUUGACAUCUUUAAGUUCUGGCUCAUGUGGAAGGCCAAGGUGAGCUAAUGUUACAUGAAUCUAGUAUUUGGUCAUAUCCAGGCUUCUAAUUACAUAUAGACCCUAAUGGAGUUUCGACACUUAUAGGAAUGCCCUGCCGUCCCCAGCCAGCACCUCUGUAUUUUCAGCCCUUAUUAAUCAUUGUAAUAUUAUAUUUUUUCCGCAGGGCACCAUAGGAUUUGAGCAGCACAUUGACAAGUGUCUGGACCUGUCUCAGUACCUCUACGACAAGAUCAGAAACCGAGAGGGAUACGAGAUGGUGUUCGAGGGAGUGGUAAGCAACUGUCCUUCUACUUUUUCCUUUCCUCCCUCAGUCAUCCCUCCCUUCCAUAGUAAGGGUGCUGAAAAAUCAUAAUAAAAAAAACAUCUUAAUUAAGGUCCACAUAUUCUAAAUGUGUGUCUUCUCUACAUAGCCCCAGCACACCAAUGUGUGUUUCUGGUACAUUCCACCCAGCCUGAGAGGCAUGGAACACAACAGCGAGGAGUAUCGAGAGAAACUUCACAAGGUAAGUGUUAUACCAUCUUCUAACUUUUCAAAUGUUCUAGAAACUUUAUUCCAGAAUUCUAAAUAUGUUCUAUUCCCCUCCCAUCCUCCAGGUUGCACCCAAUAUCAAAGCAAUGAUGAUGGAGUCUGGUACGACCAUGGUGGGCUACCAGCCUCAGGGCCAGAAGGUCAACUUCUUCCGCAUGGUCAUCUCCAACCCUGCAGCCCUCCAGUCAGACAUCGACUUCCUGAUUGACGAGAUCGAGAGGCUGGGGCAUGACCUGUAGAUAGCGCCACCACAAUAGCCGGAGGCCGGAACUGCAGUUUUCAAUGUUUUACCUGUGACCAUGUGACCACACUAAUCAGCUCAGAGAAUUUUGGAGCUGUUCUUGUCCUAAACAAUUCUCUCUGUAGGUAGGAUGUGUAAACCACAGCCACUAAAGUUUGACUAAUGUGUGUAUCUGUGUGCAGUAGAGACCUGUGUUGUGUGUGUGUUCAAGUCCGUUUAGCAGUAAUUUGUCUGUGUUGUACAGUAGAUUCAUAAGAGCAAUUAUGGUACGGUAACACAGGGAAACCCUCUACAUCGGUGUGAGUGUGUGUAUGCGCGUGUGAGUGUGUGUAUGCACGUGUCAGUGUGUGUGUGUGAAUACAAGGAAUGCCUGAGAGCACAUAUAGUAUACAAUAUAUUAUGAUUUAUGAAUAUUAUGAUAUACACGAUGCAUCACUUGCUCUCAGCAUAUAUAUAAUUCUAGACACAGACGCACCAACUCUUUCUCCUAGCGUUAAACCUUGACCUCCAGUGUGUGUUUCGUGGAGAAGCUGUGUGUGUUUAACAGUGUAUGUACCCCGUGCUGUAACCUAAUGCUGUAUUGACCUUUGAACUAUGACCUUGAAAAUGCCCCUAGAUACUGAUCAAGGGUCAGUAUUAUGUGUUUCUCCCUAAUGGUUAAAAUGAUACAUUUUAGGUAUUGGAGAGGGUAAGCUGAUCCUAGAUCUGUGUCUAAAGGCAAAUUCUACUUGCAGCGUGUAAAACACUGGCUCCUUGCCUGUGUGGAACAAGCCUACAGUAUGUCAUUUUUGAAGAUGUUUAAAUACUAAUAUGAUAAUGAUAUAUAGAUAAAUAUAUAUAAAGAAAAAUAUGAUUAAUUUAUGACAUUACCAGUGUUUUAAAAGUCAAGUAUUUUCUUCCAUUUGUAAAUGUAUAUUUUAUUUAUAUUCUAUAGCCUCUAUGUAAUCUGUAUGUUUUGAUUAAUAAUGUUAUUAGUAAAUUAUAUAUUAACAUAUUAUUGUGAAUAUGUGAGCCAAAGAAAGUGAAUCGGGAACGUAAAGCAAUCCACAGCCCUUGAGAUAGCAGAAAUACACUAAAUCACAUGUAAAAUAUUCUAAAGAUAUUGCUUAAUUACCCUAAUCCUCAGUGCAAUCUGUAUAGUGUGUAUCUGUGAUUGUGUCUCUCUGACUGAAUGUUUUGCAGUGAUCAGAUUUACUGUAUGAUACUUAAUUAUUAUAAGAUUAUAAGGAUGGUAUGUAGGGACCAGCUAAGUAAACUGCACAAUGACCUAAACCAUGUGACCAAUCUUCUUUGUAUGAAGGCGUAUUGGGAGAAUUGUCCUUAGGAAGCUACAGUAGGCACUUUAACUCACAAUCAUGCAAUGUGCAGCUCCAAUAAAGUAUAUUAAAGAAACA